AUGUUUGAGCGUAACUCUGAACUAGAGUUGGAGCCCGCAAUGUAUUGCGGAGGCAUACCAGUUUUCAAGCCUAAUAUGAACGAAUUUAGUGACUUCUACAAAUUUAAUAAGGCAAUCAAUAAAUUUGGAAUGAAGUCUGGUAUUGUCAAGGUGGUACCUCCCAAUGAAUGGCUGCAUUCCAUAUCAAAUAACUAUUCGAAGGAAAAAUUGGAAUCAGUUAAGAUCAAAAAUCCGAUAAUACAACAUAUUAACAGCUCGGGAUCCGGAGUAUUCUUCCAGCAGAAUGUAGAAAGGUCAAGGUCAUACAAUAUCUUUCAAUGGAAGGAGUUGUCAGAUAGAUCAAAUUACCAACCUCCGGCGCCUAAGGGCAAAAUAAGGGGAUCUCUUACACAUGUUGCGGACCCCAGAGGUACAAAAGACACGAAAGACAGUAAUUCUUUCUACAAUAUAGACACUUCUCAGUUCACGCCUGAGAGAUGCGAGCAAUUAGAGAAAGUUUAUUGGAAAUCGCUAACCUUUUCGGAACCAAUGUAUGGCGCUGACUCACUAGGCUCUUUAUUCUCAAAGGAAGACAAAACAUGGAAUGUUGCGAAUUUGCCGAAUAUACUUGACUUGAUGGAUACCAAACUUCCUGGAGUAAAUGAGGCUUAUUUGUAUGCUGGAUUGUGGAAAGCUACAUUUGCGUGGCACUUGGAGGACCAAGACUUGUAUUCUAUAAAUUAUAAUCAUUUCGGUGCCCCGAAGCAGUGGUAUUCAAUUCCCCAAGAAGAAUCUGGAAAAUUUUUUGAGUUAAUGAAGGAUACUUUUAGUGAAGAAUAUAGAGCAUGCCCUGAGUUUUUGAGGCAUAAGACUUUUUUAGUCUCACCAGCUUUCUUGGAGAGACAUGGUGUGAAAUUCAAUAAAAUCGUUCACAAUGAGGGCGAAUUUAUAAUAACAUAUCCAUAUGGUUAUCAUGCUGGAUUCAACUAUGGUUAUAACGUUGCAGAAUCCGUGAACUUUGCUCUUGAUGAUUGGUUUCCAAUUGGGGAGCUCACCAAGAAGUGUGAAUGUAUCAGUGACUCUGUUGGCCUCAAUGUAAAGCAACUAUACUGCGAAUACCACGGUGUGCCAUACGAACCAGCAACAAAUGAAGUUGAGGAGCAAAAAGAUUCUUUAGAACUGAGUAGUGAUCUUGCUUUGCCUGUUCUGAAAAAUAAAAAAAUACCAGAUAAUAACUUUGAAGCGAAACAUUCAAAGACGAGGAUAAAAGUAGAUAAAUUACAAAGAAAAGCCUAUCAGUGCUUUUUAUGCCCGAAUAACCUAUCGGCUCGGGUCCUCAAAACCAGGGGUUUUGAGCUACUCUUAACGGAUUCUCCAUGCGACGAGGGCCAUUAUAAAGUCCAUCGAAUAUGCGCCGAAAUGUUUCCAGACCAAUUAAAUAUUGAGGACAAUAUCGUACAUGGUAUUUCGACUAUAUCGAAGGCACAAAGGAAUUUGAAAUGCUCAGUUUGUUCGAAAUCUUUGAAUAAAGAAAAGCAUGGUGCUUGUUUUCAAUGUAGCUACUCAAAAUGCGUCAGGGCUUUUCACGCAACUUGUGGUUUGGCUGACGGUGUUCAUUACGGUAUUCGAAAUGGUCGCUUUGAUUGUCGAUGCAAAUAUCAUCGAAGUAGGAAAACUGUAAAAAAUAAGAAUGAACUAUUAGCCCAAACUUCAUGUGACUCUUUAAUUCAGUUUUCAUUUAAUAAUUCGAAGCAGAUGUUUUGUGGGUAUACAGUUGAAAAUAACCUCUACGAGAAUACAUUUCAUGUGCUCAUGUACCCAAAUUCUAACGAAGUGAUUGAAGUCCCUUAUGAAAAUGUACUAGCCGAAAGGCCAACUACUUUCUCGAACUCCCUAUUGAUUAAGCAUUACCCUCCAUUAGGUUUGUUCAAGAGGCCAUUAGAUGGCAGUGAUGCUUAUCAGCCUCUGCCUAAGAAAAAGACGGCUGGCGGCACAGUACUUAAUGAUAAGUCUCUCGUACAAACUAAUGUCGUUCCUUGGAAACAAACGAGUCCAAUCCAUAUUUCUUCUAAUGUGUUCUACAAUCAUGUGGGAGCAGAAUGGCACAAUACUUUUCAAACACACUUGCAUCAUUCAGCAUCGCACUAA